UGGAGACCCACUCGUGAUGGCUGAGGUACUGAAGGGGUCGUUCAUGAGACAAAUCUUUCAACAGGUCUAAAGGCUGUGGUCGUUAACACGUCCACUCUCCCGCAGCCAUUAAAGUGCUAUAUAUCGGCUCGGUUCUGUUACGAUUCUGCCGGACCACAAGCCUUUCUUACGUCAGGUCCUUUGAUUUAAGAAGGUUUCUGAUCCCUGACAAACCUCAUUUGCUUCUGCGGCGAAUAUAAAUUAUGAACGCUGCGCCACCGAGUUGUCACACAAGACUUUAUUAGCUAUGAGCGAUCAAACAUAUACGGUAAAGUUGCAUCACCUUGCCGAGAUGCUGAGAUAAAGUCUCGGUUGGAUUGUCGACGCUGUCGCGUGCACUUGCAAAAUGUGACCGCGUUCGGAUUGUCGCCUGCUGAUGACGUUCAGAAACGACUGUGCACCGGCCAUGACAGCGUAGCGCUUCAGUUUACUUCCGUGUUUGACGCGAUGACGUCAAAGUACGUGGCUGAAGCUCCGCGGCGAUUGGUCAGCGGCAGCACACCUCGCUACUAGCCCUUUCAGUUGGACCAUUCUGGAAGAAGCCAUCGAGUUGUUGGAGAGUUGCUGAAGCUUUUACUGAAUUCUCUGCAAAGGUCUGUCGACUGUCACAAUGGACCAAGGAAUACCAGAGGAAGUGUUACAGAACAGUGAACUGAUGAAGGAUUUGGCUGAAGUGGCAAAAGACAUGGCGCUGCUGAAGGGCGUUUUGAUGAGGAUUCAAGAAUCUCCAAAUGGAUCUGAGCUGGUCACCUACGCACCCUUCACGCUCUUCCCGACGCCCCUGCCCAAAGCUCUGUAUCACCAGGCUGUGGCAGUGCAGCCUCUCUUCAAUACGCUGGUGGAUAAGAUCAGUCAAGACUCUCACUUUCUGCAGGAAGCUCUGGCCAGCACCAUCGCUGUGGAUGAGUUCACGGCACGACUGUUCAGGAUCCACCAACAGGUCCUGGAGGAAGGACGGGCUCAGUCCAUUUUCUUAGGCAUCAAUCGGUCGGACUACAUGGUGGACAGGAAGGCGGACGGCUCCACAUCUCUGAAGCAAAUUGAAAUUAACACCAUUGCUGCCAGUUUUGGAGGACUUUCUUCAGCGACUCCAGAAAUCCAUCGGCAUGUUCUCCGGGUGGCCGGCAGGAUCCAGGACAGUCAGAGAGUCAUGGACAACAAUCCAGCCAAAGGUCUGGCCAAGGGCAUCAUCAAGGCCUGGGAGCUCUACGGAGCAGAGAAAGCCGUCGUCUUGUUUGUUGUUGAAGAGAAGCAGAGGAACAUCUUCGACCAACGCUUUGUCGAGAAUGAAAUCUGGGCGAGGAACAUUCCCGUGAUAAGAAGGCGCUUCGGUCAGGUAUCUAAAACUGGCCUCCUGGACAAGGAUAGAAGACUCUUUGUUGAGGGCAAAGAGGUUGCUGUGCUCUACUUCAGAAAUGGAUACGAUCCAGAAAACUACAGUUCUGAACAGGACUGGGAGGCCCGCCUCAUGAUGGAGCGCUCUCGGGCGGUCAAGUGUCCCGACAUCAGCACGCAGCUGGUCGGCACGAAGAAGGUCCAGCAGGUGCUGGCCAAACCUGGAGUUCUGGAGCGCUUCCUCCCGGAGCAGCCUCAGGCCGUGGAGCAAAUAAGAGCCACGUUUGCCGGCCUCUACACGCUGGAUCCGGGUCCUGAGGGUGACAGAACAGUCCAGAUGGCUUUGGAAUCACCAGACCGCUUUGUUUUGAAGCCUCAGCGAGAGGGAGGAGGCAACAACAUCUACGGCUCAGAGAUCUGCGCGACACUACAGAACAGUGAGGACAGGAUGGCCUACAUUCUGAUGGACAAGCUGCACCCGGCGCCGACCAACAACUGCCUCCUGCGAAGAGACGCCCCUGUCAAGAUGAGCAGCUGCGUCCCAGAGUUGGGAGUGUUCGGGGUCUACGUCAGGCAGGUCAAUGACCUGGUGAUGAACCAGUGCGCCGGACAUCUCCUGAGAUCCAAAAGCACGGAGCACUCGGACGGUGGCGUCGUGGCCGGCGUGGCCGUUUUAGACAAUCCUCUUCUGUUCUGAUUCCUCCAGUUUUACAUGCAAAACCAUAUACGUUUAGAUUUGUUUUUAAGGAGAUUCCUCUUGCGUCCACUGGGGAACUUUUAAAUUCCAGACACACAGUCAUCAGCUCGUGUUGUUGUUGUUGUUCCUCUGAAGCGACAGCGGUUACGGCACCACAGAGGAAUGUUUAGUCCCCAUAUCAGGCUGUGACUUCCAUUGCCUUCUGAGCAGAGCUGCUCACGAGAAGAAUAGGUUUUAAUCUGGCUUGUGUUGAUAAAAACCACUCUGACUUUGAUUCUUGACAAAACCACAUUCCAGUCACAUGUUUCUGAGCAGUUUAGAAAUUCAAAUCAUGUGACUCUUGUACAGAUUUAGGUAGAAGUUGUGUGCAAUGAAAAGAAAACAUAUAUAUUUGAUUUACUUUACAACAACACAGUAAAUAAAUCAAUGUAACAUACAGCUGAAGGAGCAUUUUUUUUGUAGUCGAGUUGAGUUCUCAUGAUGUUCUGUACUGUCACGAUGGCAAAAACCACACAAGUGUCCUUAAUAUUGUCUCUUUCAUUGUGUUCCACAAGAUGCUUCACCUUUUCUAUGCCGUUUUUUUUCCAUGAGUUGAUCAAUA